GACUUCAAUUUCUUAAAAUGAGCAGUCGUAAAUCAAAGAGUACCAACUUAGUACAUCCAGAGAUCCUUUCACAGAUACAAAGGAUUUUACGUGAACGAUUUUGUCAUCAAAGUUCAAAUAAUAACCUAUUUGGAGUUCAAGGACAGUAUAAACACUUAAUUGAAUUAUUAAAAAGAACUGCUAUCAAUGGAGAAAGUAACUCUGCUCUUAUUAUUGGACCUCGAGGAUCUGGAAAAACCAUGUUAAUAAAUCAUGCUCUGAAAGAACUAAUGGAAGGAGAAGCAAGUGAAAAUAUAUUACAAGUUCAUCUAAAUGGAUUGCUGCAGAUUAAUGAUAAAAUUGCCUUAAAGGAAAUCACGAGGCAGUUGAAUUUGGAAAAUGUAGUUGAAGAUAAAGUUUUUGGAAGCUUUGCUGAGAACCUUUCAUUUCUUCUUGAAGCUUUAAAAAAAGGCAAACGGACUACUAGUUGCCCAGUGAUCUUUAUUCUAGAUGAAUUUGAUCUUUUUGCUCAUCAUAAAAGCCAAACACUUCUCUAUAAUCUUUUUGACAUUUCUCAGUCUGCUCAGACUCCAAUAGCAGUAAUUGGUCUUACAUGUAGAUUGGACAUUUUGGAGCUUUUAGAAAAAAGAGUAAAGUCACGAUUUUCUCACCGACAGAUACACAUAAUGAAUUCAUUUGGUUUUCCACAGUACCUUAAAAUAUUUAAAGAGCAAUUAUCGCUCCCUGUUGAAUUUCCAGACAAGCUUUUUGCUGAGAAAUGGAAUGAUCAUAUACAGGGUCUCUCAGAAGAUGGAAAUGUGCGAGAAGUACUGCAGAAACAUUUUAAUGUCAGCAAAAAUCUGCGAUCGUUACACAUGUUACUGAUGCUUGCUUUAAAUCAUGUGACAAUCUCUCGCCCAUUUAUAACUGGAGCAGAUCUAAUGGAAGCAUACCAGUUGUGUAGCAUGGACUCUAAAGCAAAUAUUGUACAUGGUCUGUCUGUCUUGGAAAUCUGUCUUAUUAUAGCAAUGAAACAUUUAAAUGACAUCUAUGAAGAUGAGCCCUUUAAUUUUCAAAUGGUCUAUAAUGAGUUUCAGAAGUUUGUUCAGAGGAAGGCCCAUUCUGUUUAUAAUUUUGAGAAACCUGUUGUUAUGAAGGCAUUUGAACACUUACAACAGUUAGAAUUAAUAAAGCCCAUGGAAAGAACAUUUGUAAAUGCACAGAAAGAAUACCAACUGAUGAAACUUCUUUUGGAUAAUACUCAAAUCAUGAAUGCUUUGCAGAAAUACCCCAAUUGUCCCACAGAUGUUAGGCAGUGGGCUACAUCUUCUCUAAGCUGGUUAUGAACAUAACCAGUGCCUUCAAAUAUAGUUUGUGACAUCUCUUUA